AUGGGGACUCGUGUUAGGUUAUCGGUUACCAAAAUAGCGAAAGAAAAUCUGGACAAGUGGCCUCUAACGUAUACAAACCAAAUUGUUUUGAACUUCCAGCAGUUUCUUGCUGGACUGGAACUUGUCCUUGCUUCAACGUGUCUCUCCAGCUGUCCACGUUCUCCAUGGCCCCACACGUUUUCUUCUGAAAACCGACACCAAUCCGCACGAUCUCUUGGAAAGAAUUUGUUUUUGUGUCUUGAGAUCCAAUUUUGCAUAAUGGCAUUUGCAACAGUGAAGUUGUUUGCUGCUGUUCUUAUAAUGGCAAUAUUUGCCAGUUUUCUUGUUUCUGCACAAGAUUUUGGAGAGUUGUCACCAACACCAGCACCAGCACCCGGUCCCGGAAUGGACAAGGGAGCUUCUACUUAUUCUUUUGGGAUGUCUGGCGCUCUCAUCUGCUCCUCUCUCUUCUUCUCUUUGCUUGCUCUUUUGAGGCACUAG